AUGAUUCUGAAAAUCUUCUACCGGCUCACCACAGAUCCAAAAACCAUGAAAGGUUUUUGGCGAAUGGCUUACAACUUCAUGGCCAAGCGCUAUGCGACCGAUAAAUGGAAGUUCAUGAACUAUGGCUACGCGCCCACCGACGACCCACAGUUCGCCGAUCUAGCUGAACCAGAUCAACCCGAGCGCUACGGAGCUCAGAUGUAUCAAAAAGUCGUCGACAAUGGUGAUGAACUCGCCGAUCAAUCGAUCCUCGAAGUCGGCUGUGGUCGUGGCGGAGGGUGCGACUUUAUCCAUCGAGCCUUUAAACCCAAAGCAACAACUGGCUUGGAUCUAGCGGAGCAAGCAAUUGAGUUUUGUAAGAAAACCUAUAAGCGUGACGGUCUCGAUUAUGUAGCUGGCAGCGCUGAUGACCUGCCUUUUGAUGAAGCUAGUUUCGACGCAGUGGUUAAUGUCGAGUCGUCGCAUACCUACCCGAGUUUUGAAGACUUUAUUGCUGAAGUACACCGUGUAUUAAAACCCGGCGGAAAACUCUACUACGUCGAUUUUCGCAGAGCUGAAGCCAUCGAAAACAUGGAUAGCGUGAUCGCAUCGAAACUAACGAUUCUGAAAAAAGAAGAAAUCACACCAGCCGUAGUGAACGCGCUAAAACUCGAUCACGAAGCGAAAGAAGAACGCAUUAAGAGAAUAUAG